GGUGCUGCUGUUAGGACAACUCGCCGUUGGACUGUGCAAGAGGAAAGGAAGCUGAAACCAUCCUGAGAGAAGGAACGCGGAACAGAAACAGGCCGCGCGGCAAGUCCCGGAUGGAUGCUUGGGGUCCACCACGGCAGCCCCAGACUCCAGGGAGGCACACCGCCUGGGUCGCAGGCCACGACCGGGGCCCCUGGAGGCGGGUCUCCCGUGGAACUCCACCUCCUCAUCCCAGCCAUGGUGGCGAGCGGAUGUACCCCGCUGGAUCGCAGGCAGUGCCUCCGCCCUGGCCGGAGGCCCAGACAGGAUACUACCAUCCUGCCUAUCAUCCGCAGCUCCAGGACUUUAGGAGGCCGAGCUCCAGGGCUGAGUACUAUGAGAGCAGCCACCCCAACUGGUCUCACCCAAGGCAAGGUUAUGAAGAUCUGUAUUGGCGCUCCAUGGAAAAUUAUGCAUAUGGCGGCUACGAGAGGUACCCUCCGGUGCAGCUGAGUGGAAAAGAUCCAGGACAGAGGGAUACCUCAGCAAAUUCCUGGGACCAGAGUUACUACCAGAAUUCUCCUCUUGAGGACAGUGGUGGCUUUGGAGGGCAUAAUGAAGUGACACCAAUUCGCACUACAACACACGCAUCCUACCAAGAUGGGUUUGGGCCAAAUCAAGAUGGCUCCUAUGAUGCCAACUACAGCUCUCCUCUGCAACGAGAGUGGGCUCAGAAGGAAUUCCAGGGGAACGUUUUGAAGAAUGGAAGUGGAACAGCACCAGAGCAUCCAUGGCCGGAGGAGCCAAGCUUGCUCCAACAGUACAAAGACUCGGGGCUCAGUUCCAGUAGUUACGAGCUGAGCCAGUACAUGGGCAACGCCUCCAACCAGUACGAAGCGGCUCCCUCCAGGGACUGGAGUCCCAUUCAGGCAGAAGACAUCCGAGCUGCUUCCUCUCGCCCUGUGGCACCCCAGAAGUUUUCCCUCCCCCACGUCCCCGUAUGCUUUGGGGCUGGAGGGCAGCUGGUCCGAGGAUGUCCCAACUACCCGGCAGAGGGGCAGCCAGCCCUGGUUGAAAUACACAGCCUAGAGGUUCUCCUGCACGACACCGCUGAGCAGGAGGCCAUGCGGGUCUUCCCAGGACCUCUGAUCAGGGAGGAUCUGCACAAGGUGGACGUGAUGACUUUCUGCCGGCGCAGAGCAGCCAUGGGGUGCGACCCGGCAUCCAGUCCAGGCAGAGAUUCUGCCCUGCUCUGGAAGCUCCUCCUCCUCCUCUGCCAGCAGAAUGGGUCCAUGGUGGGGUCGGAUAUCGCGGAACUGCUCAUGCAGGAGCGCAAGCACCGGGAGAGGUACAGGAGGCAGGAGCCGGAAGCCAACUUGAUCAACCUGGUGGAGGAAGAGUGGCCGGCACAGGGCUGUGGAAUGACAGACCUUCUCACCGGUGGGGUGGUCCCCAGUGUUGCCACACCAGAGCAGACGGUGGAGAAGUUCACCAAGCUCCUCUUACACGGCAGAAAGAAAGAAGCUCUGGACUGGGCCAUGAGGAACCACCUGUGGGGCCACGCGCUCUUCCUCUCCAGCAAGAUGGACCUGCGGACCUACAGCUGGGUUCUGAGCGGGUUCACCAGCACCCUGGCCGUCAACGACCCCCUGCAGACGCUCUUCCAGCUCAUGUCCGGACGGAUCCCCCAGGCAUCUCUGUGCUGCGGGGAUGAGAAGUGGGGCGACUGGAAGCCCCACCUGGCCGUUAUCCUGUCCAAUCAGGUGGGAGAUCCAGGGCUGAAUUCCAAGGCCAUCGUCACCAUGGGAGACACACUGGCUGCGAAAGAGUUAAUUGAAGCUGCUCACGUCUGCUACCUGAUGGCCGAUGUUCCUUUCGGCCACUACGGAGUGAAGGCGGACCGCAUGGUCCUGCUGGGCAGUAGCCAGAGCGAGCCAUUCGCCCAGUUUUCGAGGACAGAGUGCAUCCAUCGGACAGAGAUCUUUGAGUACUGCCGGUCGCUGGGAGCCCGGCAAGCUUUCCUCCCCUCAUUCCAGGUAUACAAGCUGGUUUAUGCCUCCCGUCUUCUGGACUUCGGUCUCCCGGCACAGGCCUUGCAUUACUGUGAAGGGACUGGAAUGAUGCUCCUUGCCCAGAAUGAGAACACUUACCCUGUCCUCCUGGACCAAGUUAUCAAGCUGGCUGAGCGACUGAAGCUCUCGGAUCCUCGGCUGUCGGAGAGGCCCGGACAAGAGGAGCUGUUGGAACCAGAUUGGCUGUCUGAGCUCCGAGCCCGGCAACGGCGGUGGGAGGAGGAAGGUGGUGUUUCCAGUGCUGCACCCUAUCCGCUAGAGGUUGCCCAGGCCAACGGAUCAAUCCCAGGUCAUCCAGAUUUGGCUCCCCAUUUUCAGUCUGUACAAAAUGAAGGAUGCUCUGAGGUCCUUGAGCAACAUCCUGAUAGUCACCCGUCACUAGGGGACUCCACUCGGUACCAGCCAGGUGUGGAUCCGAGGCUGCACUUCCAUCCCGGGGAUCCAGCGGAUGCUGAUCUGGAAACCCGCUUUCCAGGGACCGGCCAAGCUGCCACGUUCUCCAUGGGAGGGCCACGAGAGGAGCUUUCGACAAGUCUGCCCCAGCCACCAGGGGGCACUGUGGAGUCCUGUGAGCCAUACCAAGACCCUGGUGAUCAGAAGAGUGGUCUGGACCAUCAGAAUGCCCGAAAUGCUCGGAACCGGACUGUCUCAGAGAGUUCCACAGUAUCGAUCAUGGAGGAUGCCCCUCCAAGCCCAGACGCUUCAGGGGAGGAAGCCGCUGGAGAGAAACUACCUGCAGAGGAUGCAGAACGAGAGCAAGCAAAGGGAUCUGGUUUUGGCUGGUUCAGCUGGUUCCGGUCCAAGCCCAAGAAAGAUGCAGAACCCUCCAAGAAAGUACCAGAGCCUCCUUCGGACUUUCCCACUCCAGUUUUCCAGGAGAAGGGCUCUCCGCCACCUUUACUUCCUCCCUGGGGCGAGACAAAGCCUUCAGACUUUUCUCCUCCUCCUCCUCCUCCUCAGCUGCCUCGCAAG